AUGAGCAAUUUGAUGUACACUCUUCAGUAUUCGGACUACUUCAACAAAUCGUGGCGCAAUGAGACGACUAUGGUCGAUGAAACCACCAUGAUGGCGGUCGGAGGUACGGUGAGCGCGGGAAAACUUAACGAAACGUAUGAAAUUUAUGCGCCCAACUAUCCGUACGUAUCCUCGACGGAGGAGCAAAACUAUAUCGAACAGCUCAGUGAGCGGCUGAAGAAUAGCUCGAAUCACACCCUGUACGGAAUCGGUCAUCCGGCCUAUCCGGCCGGUGAGUGCAGCACCACCUACUGGGCCGGGCUGUACUUCGAAAUCACCAGCUACUUCCUGUACGUGCUGAUUUUUGUGACGGCCGUCAUCGGCAACUCGAUAGUGCUGUUCAUUGUGCAGUCCAAUCCUCGGAUGCGCACCGUAACCAAUUACUUCAUUACCAAUUUGGCCGUCGGCGAUCUGCUCAUGACACUGUUUUGCGUCCCAUUUACCUUCAUUUCCUCGUUCGUCCUUCAGUACUGGCCCUUCGGACUGGUCAUGUGCCGGCUGGUCAACUACACGCAGGCCGUCUCGGUGCUGGUCAGUGCGUACACGCUGGUCGCAAUCAGUGGGGAUCGCUACAUCGCCAUCAUGCGGCCUCUAAAGCCCCGGAUUACGAAAACAUGUUCCAAAGUUUUAAUAGGAAUCGUGUGGAUUAUAGCGCUGAUUACGGCGGCUCCCAUCGCCAUCUUCUCGACGCUCAUCCUGCCGACGGAGUGGCACACGGUCUGUGAUUUACCAAUUUGCAAGGAAAUUUGGCCCUCGAAGGAGAAGGAAAGCUACUACACCACCACCCUGCUGAUGACGCAAUUUGUGAUACCGCUGCUGGUGCUGAUCUACACCUAUACCCGGAUUGCCAUCGUGGUCUGGGGCAAGCGGCCACCGGGCGAGGCGGAAAACUCCCGUGACCAGCGGAUGGCUAAAUCGAAACGCAAGAAGCUGAACUUGAAUAUCGAGAGCAAGGUGGCCUUAUCGUUCCGCGCCUUGGAAUGGGAGGUCGACGUCGAAGCAACUGGCCUAACGGUUAAGCUGGCCAAAAUGGAUAUUUUUAUGCAGAAACGUCAGUUGAGGCUGGCCGUGUCUGAACAGCAAGCAAUCAUCCAGAAGGAAGUGUUGGAGAAAAACAUCUUUCCGAGUGCUUUACAUCCUUCACCAAGAAGAUAA